UAAUGUAUUGAGUAUUAACUAAUUUAUUAAUUUAGUUACUAAUACUAUUUAGUAACAAAAAAGUCUGCAUGCAAUUUUAUGGAAGAUAGAGACAUAUCCGAUUUUCCUGUCAAAGUAAUAUCUUGUCAUGUUAGGAGAGAUCAGUCCAUCCCAAUUCCUAUCAUACUCAUAUUGAAUUCAUGUAAAGAAUUCAUAAAAAAUAUAACAUUAUAAUAUAGAUUUUGCAUUCAAUUUUAAACAAAUUUUUUAAAUAAUGUUUCGCAACCAGUACGACAGUGAUACCACAGUGUGGAGCCCUCAGGGUCGUUUAUUCCAGGUUGAGUACGCCAUGGAGGCGGUGAAGCAGGGAUCUGCCACUGUGGGGCUCAAGAGCCGGGACUAUGCUGCGCUCAUCGCCUUGUGCCGCACCUCCAAAGAAGCUGAAGAUAGUCCGAACAGUCCGUUGCAGCGGAAGAUUAUGCCGGUGGACGCUCACAUGGGCAUGUCCAUCGCCGGACUGACUGCCGACGCCCGUAUAGUGUGUCAGCACCUUCGCUCCGAGUGCAUGUCGUUCCGACACUCGUACGACACCGACUACCCAGUGCAGCGUCUAGUGACCAAUCUGGGCAUCAAGCUUCAAGCCACCACCCAGCGCUACAACCGUCGUCCCUUCGGUGUGGGAAUGCUGAUAGCUGGCUACGACGAGAAGGGUACCCACAUCUUCCAGGUGAUGCCCUCAGCCAAUGUCUUCAAUUGCAAGGCCAUGGCGAUCGGGUCGCGAUCCCAAAGCGCCCGCACCUACUUGGAGCGCCACUUGGACAGCUUCAUGGACAGUACUAAGCAAGAUUUGAUUUGCCACGGCAUCCAAGCCAUUCGCGGUGCCCUGGGCAAUCAGGAUAGCUCUGAAUUCACCAUAAAUGUGGCCAUUGUAGGCAAGGACGAGCCAUUCAAAAUUUUUAACGAAACGGAAAAUCAAAUCUAUUUUGAAAUAGCCAAGACCAUGGGGAAUCCGGUGACGAGCGAUGCAGAAGAUGCUCGCUCCAUCGGUGGGAUGAUCGAUAUGAUGGACGAUAUGUUGGAGCACGGACCCAGUGGCAGUGGAUCUGGGCCAGCCCUAGACACAGACGAAGAGAGCAAUGCCGGCCUAGAGCCACGGCCCCAGUAAGAAGUGGGAUAAGCACCCUAAGAGGUGUGCCAAAUUUAUUGUUUUUUAGUUGUUUUAAUUAAAGUUGAUUCAUGAA